AUGCUUUUCGCAUUGAAAUUAACGACUGACACUAAAGGAGAAUCCAUCUUCAAAAAACUUGAGGUCUAUUUUGAGGAGAACAACAUUCCACUCAAGAACAUUGUGGCUUGUGCAACAGAUGGCGCUGCUGCUAUGAUAGGAAGGUAUCGGGGAUUCAGUGCUUACUUAAAAAAAGCUGUUCCUAAUGUCGUUUGUGUGCACUGUGUUGUUCACCGGCAGCACCUGGUUGCCAAAAACCUAGCAGGACGUCUUCAUGAAGCACUUGGGCAUGUUAUCAAGGCUGUCAACUUGAUAAAAAGUAGUGCACUGAAAGAUCGCCUCUUUCAGCAAUUAUGUGAAAAGAACAAUGAAGAAUUUGAAAAACUUGUGUUGCACACAGAAGUCAGGUGGCUUUCUAAAGGUAAUUGCCUGAACCGUUUUGUUGCACUUUGGGACAGUGUUAUCUCUUUCUUUAGUGGGACAAGAAACAUGGACAGAAAACUUGUUGAUGCAAAGAGUGACAUCUUCUACCUGUCUGACAUAUUUGAAAAGCUAAAUGUUCUGAACAAAGAGCUUCAAGGAAAUAACUCCACCAUGUUUUCCUGCAAGGAGGCAAUUACUACAUUUAAAGGGAAACUCAAGCUGUUCUGGUUGAACCUUGGAAGACGAGAGUUUGCACAGUUUCCUUCCUUAGCAGUUAUAUCCACCGAUCUGCUUGAUGAUGACCUAGCAGUGUAUGUUGACCAUCUGAAGCAGUUGCAUAAUGAUAUGGACACUCGCUUCUCUGACCUACUCCAAAUGACUGUGCCACACUGGUUUGUGGAUCCCUUCAUUGUUGAUGUAUCUGAAGUUGAUGUCACCCUACAAGAAAGUCUCAUUGAACUUCAGAAAUACACAACAGCUCAAGCAAGUUCAAGCGUGGAGGACACCAGAAGCUGUGGAUGA